UUUGUGUGCAAAAUGUCUCUUUGUGCUAAUUGUAGUGUCACCCGUGCACUUAAAGAUAAAGUCUUGAUCGCGAUUGCUGAUUUAGAAAAAAUAAAAAGUGUUUUAUCAGAGUUCGUUGACUCUGUGGGUGAUGGAGCUAUUCCCCUGGCUCCCAGUGCAAGUGAAAAUAAGCGGGUUACACGACUAACAACAAAAGCCAAAGCCGGUGACAAUGUUGUUGCUUGGCAAAACAGUGUACAAAGGCGGCCCACCCGCGCUAGUGCUAACAAGUUAAAUAAUGAGCAAUCAAGCUCUAAUGUGCAUAAAAACAACAAUAAUAACAAUGCUAACACUGAUACUGCUACUGCUGAUGCUAAUUUGCCUGUACUCAAAAUUUCCAAUGAGAGCGAAAGCAAUACUGGUUUGACUACUUUUGAUGACAACACUGAUGGUGAUUCUAUGCAUGCUGCUUCUAGUUCUGCUUCUGCUAAUGAUAGUGUUGAGAAUGCUGCUUCUGGUUCUGCCGUGGGCAAUUCGUCAGGUGCUAAUGGUGCUAAUGAUGACAAUAUACAAGCUGAAAGUGCGACUGAUAAAGGGCAAACAGAUAAUGCACAGUGGUCUAUUGUUGCUAAUAGGCGACAUAAAAAACAAAAUCAGCGUAAUCAUCGUAUUAUCGGCUCUAAUGUUGAAACCCAGCUGGGUGUAAUAGUUCGUCGCAAAUGGCUGCACUUAUCAUCGUUUGUAGCCACUGUAACGUCGGAUGACAUAAUUGCGUAUGUGGCUAAUCGUGCGGAUAUUAACCCUAGUUUGUUAUUGUGCUAUAAGCUUGGUCGAAGUGGUGCUGAUCCAAGCGCCAUGAGAUACGCCAAUUUUAAGCUUGGUGUGCCGCAAGCACACUAUAAUAAAGUUUUCAAGUCGAAUAUGUGGCCCGCCAAUGUUGCAGUUCGGCCUUUUGAUUUUUUUCAAGAGGGUCUCCAGCCUCAGCCAACGAAGUAAAGGACGCCUAUACU